AUGCUUGAUCGGAAUCAAAGCUACGAUGAUCUUUCAGCCCAGAGCCACAAUCAAAGCAGUACCAUUAAUGCCCAUGUGUAUCCGUCUGUCCGGUCGACCUGUCGAUACGCACUAUCCGUGAAAGGGUCUGCUGUUACCACGCACCUGAGAGUAAAGCACCAGGUUGAACACAAUGAGCGCAAGGAUUUAACCGAAUUCCUCAAAGGUCUGGGCCAGUCAUAUCUGGGUGAUCCCAGUGCUGCGCCGCUCCCCAAAGACGGCUGCUCGGAACAUCCUGACUUGCGCGUCUACGAGGGGUACGCCUGCCGGAGAUGCCCACUCCGUACCACCAACUUCUCGUCCCUAACGCGCCAUAUUUCAACUCAGUAUUUUCAACGGAAGUCUCCCGAAAAGCGCGAGCUAGAUGAGUUUUACGAUGAGGUCUGGCUACAGGCAUGGACAUAUGUAUAA